ACUCGAUAGUGCAGGUGGGCGAGUGUUCCAGCAAUUUUCUGAAUUCUCCCAACAUUUGAUGCUCUUGAUUGCAUUCAAGUUUGUCGUUGUCGCCUUUUGCUUUGUGAUCUGCUUCCUGAGAUGUGAGUAGAGCAAGUGGGAGUGAAGAGAUAAUAAUCAUAGAUGAUGCAGUAAUGGAGUGCAGCUAACGCUGUUCGUUUUCUUCUUUUGGAACAAGGUGAUGUUGCGAAACACAACUCUUUCUCUUCGUAGUUAUACUAGUACUUCUAUUGGUCUUGUUUGAUGGCUGGCAUGGAUAAUGGACAACAAGUAAUCGGCUGGGACGAUCUGGACAAACGUAAGCUGUACGUUAUCGGUCCAACGUUUUCACUUGCAGUGCGUGCUCUGUUGUACCCACCUAUGCUGAUCAAGACCAGACUUCAAGUUCAAAAUUGCCCUUACAAGGGCACGUUCGAUGCAUUCAGCAAGGUCGUGAAGCUAGAAGGGUUUAGGGCGCUGUACAAAGGAUUUCCCACGAACUGCAUGGGCCUGGGUGUUGGCCAAGUAUAUAUCACAACGUACGAAAUCAGUCGAAAGCAUGCCACCGGGUUUGGUUUCAGCCAUGGUUGGAACAACUUCAUUGCUGGUGCAGCUGCUUCCACCAUCAGUCAAUGCCUUAUUGUGCCUAUUGAUGUAGUAACUCAGCUUCAGAUGAUACAAGGGCAGGUUGGAACCGCUUCCAAUAGCACAGCAGCUUCCACGUCAGCGAAGCAUGUUCGUUCAACUUCAGGCAGCGGCUCAACUAAGCCCACGGGCGCUGGUGCUACUGUAGAACAACGUCGGCUCUUGCACACGGAACCAGCUCGGGGGCCAACUGUGCCUGAUGCUCCGCCAUCAUCACCCGUGAAUUCCAACAAACGCACUUCAUCCGAGUCAGCUCGUGCCAGCGGUGCUGGUGCAGGCGCGAAGUCGGGUACAGCCGGCGUUCAAAGUGCGCGCCAGAUCGCCAUGAAUUUGUACCAAACAGAAGGCGUCCGUGGCCUGUACCGAGGAUAUUUCGCAUCCUUACUGACCUAUGUGCCAAGUAGUGGUAUUUGGUGGGGCAGCUAUGGAAUGCUGUACUCGUAUUCGAAGACCUCUGCCAUGCUGAGUGCUGUGCCUUUGCCGUUGAUUCACGCGGUCUGCGGCGGAAUGGCGGGGUGUAUUGCAUCGGUCACGACUAACCCUCUGGACGUGGUACGCACACGGCUGCAGGUGGAGGGAUCCCGCUCCGGUUGGAAGACCGUGCAGACACUCUGGCGAGAGGAAGGUCCUCGGUGGUUGGCACGUGGCGUUGUAGCUCGCAUCAUGUCGGCAGUGCCGUCCGGUGCGGUGAUCAUUGUCAGCUAUGAGACGGUCAAGCGCCUUAGUGUGCGGACUUGAUUGUGCGUGUUCCCUUGCACCGACUGGUGCUUGUUGUUGUUGUUGUUUUCAUCAGCCGCUAUGCAGGAUGUAGCGGCCCUGAAAGCCUGGUGCUCCAUGUAUGAAAAGUCUUCAUCUCAUUCUGUCCAGAUAUUUAUUUGCCAUAAGAGCAGCCGGUAGACCGUGUUUUAUUCUUGUGCUCACUUCCCUACGUGCUUGUUAGCGCGUGGUGCUUCUGUGGUGUGCAUUUCAUUUCAUAUUGGUCUGAUCUACCUUGAUGUGAUGUCCUCCUGGCGUUGAAGUGUACUAGUAUGCGUGCUGUUUCUUCAUUAACACUUAGACACUAUCCUAGAGCUACGUGCUAUAUUAUUGUUCUAUUCAUAUUUAUUUUUUAUAGGAAUUUUCUAUAACGCACGUAUGUGUGUGUGUGUGUUUUACCCUGUGGGCACGUGCAACACCUCUUCUUGUUUGAUAUGAAAUUCUAGUAUUUUCCCCCGCCCUAUUGGGCUGAGUUACUUUACCAUCUCUGUUCAGUGGUGUGCGUAUGGCGUUCCUGCUUUUAUUACCGUAAGUUUUACAAUUCCGCAAGACUUGUGUUCACUAGCAUUCCCAUCUGUCAGUG